UAUCUUUCUUAAAAUAAGUUCAAAAUUUUGGGAUUCAUGUAACCAAAAACUAACCAAAACAACAAACUUCAACCAAAAUAAAGUACCAGAUGUUGGUAAAUACUUUCGUAUUGGUUUGUUUAGAAUUAUGCAAAAAAUGUGUUUUCUUAGUUACACAAAUUACCUAAUACUUAGAAAUAUCAAACUUUCUAUUUCCCUUUGUAAGAAAUUUAUUUGUACCAUAUGUCAAUACAAUAAAAUGAAAGAAACAGCCGAUUUUUUAAAGUCGCAAACUGAUAUACGUCCUAUAGUUGGCAUUAUUUGCGGCAGUGGUUUAAAUAAAAUGGCUGAUGUUUUAACCAAUACGAAGAUUUUUGAAUAUAGGAAAAUACCACAUUUUCCUAUAACAAAUGUGGAAGGUCAUUAUGGACGUUUAGUUUUUGGUUACAUUAAAAAAAUCCCCACAUUGGCAAUGCAGGGCCGCACUCAUUAUUAUGAAGGCUAUUCAUUAUUAAGAUGCACAUUUCCUAUACGUGUGAUGAAGUUGAUUGGAGUUGAUAUUCUGAUUGUAACAAAUGCAGCUGGAGGCGUCAAUAUGACAUAUAACAUUGGUGAUAUUAUGCUAUUCCGUGAUCAUAUAAAUUUUAUGGCGCUUUGUGGCAAUAGUCCACUUAACGGCACUAACCUUGCAGAGUUCGGUCCCCGUUUUCCGCCCAUGGCGACAGCUUAUGAUGAGCAACUGCGCAAAACAGCAUUAAAAGUAGCGGAUGAAAUGGAAAUGAAUAAUUAUUUUCGCGUUGGCACUUAUGCUUGCCUUAGUGGACCGAACUAUGAAACCAUUGCAGAGCAGCGAAUACUACGAAAGUUAGGAAUUGAUGCUAUCGGCAUGUCUACGUCGCAUGAAGUUAUAGUAGCUAGGCAUUGUAAUAUGAGAGUUAUGGGUUUCAGUUUAAUAACUACUACUGGCAUUGAUCAAUAUGAUCUAAAGGACAUGUUAAAUCAUACUGAAGUAAUAGAAAUGAGUAAAAAACGAGAAAAAAUUUGUACUAAAUUUGUGCGUAAUUUUAUUCUUAAAACUGUAUGUCCUACUGAAUGAUUAGAAGACACUGAUUUUUGAGUUAUAAAGAAGUGGAUCAAAAUUUAAAAAAAAAAAGCAUGAACAAAAAUUUUGUUAAGUAAAGUUA